AUGUACCGCGUGGGCACGCCUGCCCUUCCACCCACCCCCUACCACCUCAACAAGUCACAAACACCACUUUCGAUCAAGGCCACAGGCAACACCACCAUCACCCUCCAUCGGCAUCUCGGCCUAUUCUUUUCACAGGCCAACAUGCUACUCUCCGAGUUUGCUAUUCGACUCAAUGAACAGCACCCUAAUCUAGCAGCCCAUCUGACCAUCACCGACCUUGUUAAAUUUGUUAAUCUUGCCAGUGAGGUGUAUGACCGCGCUGACGAAGCAUUGAUGUUGACAUCUAGUGACACCCGGAUGCUUCCAUUUAUGAGGCUUGCCUUACAGCUGGCAAUCGACGAAGGCGACUAUGAAUCAUUAUGGACUCUUUCGUUUCCCUCGAUUCCAUUUGCUCACAUCAAUCCCGCCAACAUGAUACGCCUACACGGCCUCAAUGAGGACCUCAAAAAGAACAAAGUUUACGAGGUUUACCUCACCCCCCCCACCCAUACCUGCUUAGUUUGUGAUCAAUCUUCCGGACGACAACUCCGACAACGGCCUCGAAUCGAUGGUUACAUGUAUGACCUCGAUGGUAUCCACUCGGCCGAGUUCCACACAUGGGCCUGUUUAGAUUGUAAUACCUACUACCGGCCAUCAUAUUACAAAACAAAAAACAAGCAGAGAGUUUACUAUUCAAAAGCUCAGGGCGCCGAUCCGCAUCAUUUUCAAGUUCACUGCCACUUUGCAAUGACUCACCGACUUGCGAUGUCCUUUCGCCAAUCUCAGAUGUUAGCACACAUAUCUAACUUCAAUCUCGUCAAUUUAUACAACCUCACGCAUUUCAAGGACCAGCAAGUGCCGACCCACUUUGGCGAUCAAUCUAGCCCGAAGAUAUCACAAGAGGUCGCUCGCGAUGCCGUCGACGUCUUCAGUUUGCUACGACGUUGCGAGCAACGCGGAUAUGUCCUUCACGUCAGCGCUGAGGGAAAAGAUGCCGACCGGUUCCUACCUGCGAUGUGA